CAAGGGCCGGGCGGAGGCCUCACCCUGCGCCGGCCCGGGUGCGCAGCCGCUGCGGGGGCUGGGCGCGCCUCCAUCCCACCCAGGCCGCAGGCCGCAGGCCCCGGCGCGCACGCGCGAGCCCGUGGGCGAGGUCGAGGGCGCGGUUCUGGGUUCGCGUCCCUCUCCCCCGGGCCCGGGGACCGCGCGGCGUUGCGCAUGCGCGCAGGCCUGGCCUAGGGUCCAUUUUGGCGUCGGCGACGGUGCUAGGAUUCCCGGUUCCCCGCUCGCGGUGGGGAGAGGAGGGAGGGCUGACCCCCCUCCUCCCCGGGGGCGGGAGCGGGUGUCUCCAGCUCCGGGGGUGCGCGCGCUAGCCGUGCUGUUUGCAGGUCUUUCCGCCCGGGACCGAGGGGCGGCUCACUUUCCAGGCCUUUGGUCGCCAAGUGGAGGGAUGGCGGGGAAGGCCUGGCUCUGCCUGCAAGAGCCGCCCCGAGAUUUGCAGCCUGCCACUGGGGCGCUCCUCCGGCCGGAAGUGGAGGGGUUUGGAGGUGGAAAACUUGCCCAGUGCCCCCUCCUUGGCGGAGAUGGCACUUCCGCCUGAGUUGAAGACAGGGUUAGAGCCGCCCUUUUGCCGUUGUUCUUUACAAGUCCUGUGAACUUUUCUAGAAGACAGCUUUACAACGAUCUAGAAGGACCAAAUUUGGGGCUCCAGAACUCUCCAGCAACCAGGGACUGCACAGGACUGAGUCCAUAUGGAAGAAGAACUGCCUGGUUUCUGUGGAGAAAGUGGCCAGCCAGUACAGACUACCCUGUCAUCCUUGAAGAUGUUAGAUGUGGGAAAGUGGCCCAUUUUUUCCCUGUGUUCUGAGGAAGAAGUGCAGUUGAUUCAUCAGGCUUGUGUCUUAGGCAGUGCUGGCAAUGAAGUUUUAUACACUACACUCAACAAUGAGAUUUUUGUGCUCAGCACAAAGUGCAGUAGCUGUCUGGGGGUAGGUGACAUUCAGAGCACCAUUGAGCCUCAGAGAUCGGAUUCUUUAACUGGCAAAAAGAUAGCCAGCCUCAGCUAUGGGAAUGGCCCACACGUCAUUCUUGCAACAACAGACGGAGAAGUCUUUACCUGGGGUCACAAUGCUUAUAGCCAGCUGGGUAAUGGGACAACAAAUCAUAGCUUAGUGCCCUGCCAUAUCUAUACUAAUUUGUCAAGUAAAUAAGUUAUUGAGGUUGCCUGCUGGUCUUACCAUUCUUUGGUCCUAACAUCUGAUGGAGAGGUAUUUGUCUGGGGUUAUAAUAACUCUGGGCAGGUAGGCUCUGGAUAGACCACUAAUCAGCCCAUUCCUCGAAGAGUCACUGGAUGUUUGCAGAAUAAAAUAGUUAUGAACAUAGCAUGUGGGCAAAUGUGUUCCAUGGCCAUUGUGGACACUGCAGAGGUCUAUGUCUGGGGUUACAAUGAGAAUGGACAGCUGGGUCUGGGCAGCAGUGGCAACCAGACAACCCCCUGUAGAGUGGCAGCCCUGCAAGGCAUCUGUGUCCAGCGGGUUGCCUGUGGCUAUGCACACACGUUAGUGUUGACAGAUGAAAGUCAAGUGUAUGCUUGGGGUGCAAAUUCUUAUGGCCAUUUGGACACUGGCAAUAAAAGUAACCAGUCCUACCCUACCCCUGUUGUUGUGGAAAAGGACAGGAUCAUAGAGAUUGCAGCCUGUCACUCUGCCCACACCUCUGCUGCCAAGACCCAGGGUGGGCACAUGUACAUGUGGGGGCAGUGCCAGGGCCAGUCAGUGAUUCUUCCCCACCUCACCCACUUCUGCUGCACCUAUGACAUGUUUGCCUGCUUUGCCACGCCUGCUGUCACCUGGCGCCUCCUCUCCGUGGAACCUGAUGACCACCUCACUGUGGCUGAGUCACUGAGGAGGGAGUUUGACAACCCUGGCACUGCAGACCUCAAGUUUCUGGCUGAUGGAAAACACAUUUAUGCUCACAAAGUCCUUCUCAAAAUUAGGUGUGAGCAUUUUCGUUCUUCAUUAGAAGACAGUGAAGAUGAUAUUGUAGAAAUGAGCGAGUUUUCAUAUCCUGUGUUCUGAGCUUUCCUGGAAUACCUAUACACAGAUAACAUCAGCCUAUCUCCUGAGGAGGCAGUAGGAUUGCUAGAUCUGGCCACAUUUUACAGUGAGACUAGGCAGAAACAGCUCUUUCAGCAAACUAUCAAGCAAGGGAUCUGUGAGGAGAACGCUAUUGCUCUGCUCUCUGCUGCUGUGAAGUAUGACGCUCAGGAUUUAGAAGAGCUCUGCUUCAGAUGUUGCAUAAAUCAUCUGACUAUAGUAACACAAAUUUCAGGGUUUGCAGAAAUGGACCACGAUCUUCUGAAGAACUUCUUCAGCAAAGCCAGCAGAGUUGGAGCCUUUAAGAUCUGACCCCUAACAUGGAAAGGAAUUCCUUCCCACUUUACCCCUGCAAAAAUAAAUAAACAAACAAAACAUUAAAAAGAAUAAAAGCCAUUGAUGAACAACAUCUCUGUAAUUAACAGUGUUGAGAGUUACAUCUGACCAAAUUCUGUGUUCU